AUGCUGUUUAUAUAUGCUACAUUUAUAAUUGCGGUAUCGCUUGUAUAUGGACAAAAACCUUGUUGUGUACAAACGCAAUGGGAAGGUCAAUUAAGUAUGUCAACCGGUAUACAAGUAUCAGGAAUGGCAAUAGCUUCAUUUGCAUAUUACAAUUUUUCGUAUAAUUAUGAUAGUAAAUUGGUCGCACUUCGUGGUGUUACCAUCAGUACUGAUAAUGUUAAAACAAAUGUGCGAUUAAUACAAAAUUAUAAUGAAAAUAUUGAUUAUUAUAUUAAUUUGCACAAUAAUACUUGUUCAAAACAAAUGACAUCGAUAAAAUUAAUGCAAUGCAUUCCAGCACAUUAUGUUCAUUCAUUUAUGUAUGGUUACGGUGAUAAGGUAAUACCAGGUCACACAUGGUUUUUCCAAGCACCUCAGUACAACAUCUAUGCCACUGUCAGUGGUGAUGGAAAGUGUAUACCAUUUACUGAAACUGUUAUUAUGGGAACACCGAUGCCAAUGAUAAGCACAAUGACAUAUACCGAUUUCAUGCCUGGCAUCAAAGAUCCAAGUGUGUUCGUUAUUCCAGAUAUUUGUAAAAGACUAUAA